GGAGAGAGGCGGGAGCGAGGGAGCGAGGGAGGGAGAGAAGGAGGUAGAGAGGAGCAGAGAAGCGAGGGGAGGGAGUGCAGCUUGGUUGCUCCGUAGUACGGCGGCUCGCGAGGGAGAAUCUCAAGCGGGCUCCGGGACGUACUGAGAGGCGGGCGGGAGGGGAUGGUGUGCAGGGCUGCGGAUCCUGCGUCCCUUUCCACGGCGUGUGAGCUGCACUGAUUUGUGCGGGCGCCAGAGCAGACCCGCCUGGAGAUGAGGUUAUCUUGGUCUACUUCACUCAGCAGCACAUGCAGAAGCCACGUCUGAGGCUCAUGACUUCAGGUCUAACAAAAGGGCGUUGAUCAGUGCCUUUAUUGCUUGGAACAGUAUCCCCCACUCCCCAGCCCUGCCAUGGUUGCUUUACCAGGCUAACUACCUCCUGAUUGUUAGAUGAAGUUCUUAUUCCUGAAGGCGUCGAUUAGCAAGGCACAAGUAACAGAACCAUGGCUCAGUUUCCAACACCUUUUGGUGGCAGCCUGGAUAUCUGGGCCAUAACUGUAGAGGAAAGAGCGAAGCAUGAUCAGCAGUUCCAUAGUUUAAAGCCAAUAUCUGGAUUUAUUACUGGUGAUCAAGCUAGAACCUUUUUUUUUCAAUCUGGGUUACCUCAGCCUGUUUUAGCACAAAUAUGGGCACUAGCUGACAUGAAUAAUGAUGGAAGAAUGGAUCAAGUGGAGUUUUCCAUAGCAAUGAAACUUAUCAAACUGAAGCUACAAGGAUAUCAGCUCCCCUCUGCACUUCCCCCUGUCAUGAAACAGCAGCCAGUUGCUAUUUCUAGUGCACCAGCAUUUGGUAUAGGAGGUAUCGCCAGCAUGCCACCGCUUACUGCUGUUGCUCCAGUGCCAAUGGGAUCUAUUCCAGUUGUUGGAAUGUCCCCACCCCUUGUAUCUUCUGUUCCGACAGCAGCCGUGCCUCCCCUGGCUAACGGGGCUCCCACAGUUAUACAGCCUCUGCCUGCAUUUGCUCAUCCUGCAGCCACAUUGCCAAAGAGUUCUUCCUUCAGUAGAUCUGGCCCAGGGUCACAAUUAAACACUAAAUUACAGAAGGCACAAUCAUUUGAUGUGGCCAGUGUCCCUCCAGCAGCAGAAUGGGCCGUCCCCCAGUCAUCAAGACUGAAAUACAGGCAACUAUUCAAUAGUCAUGACAAAACUAUGAGUGGACACUUAACAGGUCCCCAAGCAAGAACUAUUCUUAUGCAAUCAAGUUUACCCCAGGCUCAGCUGGCUUCAAUAUGGAAUCUCUCUGACAUCGAUCAAGAUGGAAAACUCACAGCCGAAGAAUUUAUCCUGGCUAUGCACCUAAUUGAUGUAGCUAUGUCUGGCCAACCACUGCCGCCUGUCCUGCCUCCAGAAUACAUUCCACCCUCCUUUAGAAGAGUGCGGUCAGGCAGUGGUGUAUCUGUCGUCAGCUCAGCAUCUGUAGAUCAGCGGUUACCAGAGGAACCAGUUUUAGAAGACGAACAGCAACAGUUAGAAAAGAAGGUACCUGUAACAUUUGAAGAUAAGAAGCGGGAGAAUUUUGAACGUGGCAAUCUGGAGCUGGAGAAACGAAGACAAGCUCUCUUGGAGCAGCAGCGCAAAGAGCAAGAGCGCUUGGCCCAACUGGAGCGGGCAGAGCAGGAACGGAAAGAGCGGGAGCGCCAGGAGCAGGAGCGCAAACGGCAACUGGAGUUGGAGAAGCAGCUUGAAAAGCAGCGGGAGCUGGAACGGCAGAGAGAGGAGGAGAGGAGGAAAGAAAUCGAGAGGCGGGAGGCUGCAAAACGGGAACUUGAAAGACAACGACAACUUGAGUGGGAACGGAAUCGAAGGCAAGAACUACUGAAUCAAAGAAACAAAGAACAAGAGGACAUAGUUGUACUGAAAGCUAAGAAAAAGACUUUGGAAUUUGAAUUAGAAGCUCUAAAUGAUAAAAAGCAUCAAUUAGAAGGAAAACUUCAAGAUAUCAGAUGUCGAUUGACCACUCAAAGACAAGAAAUUGAGAGUACUAACAAAUCUAGAGAGUUGAGAAUCGCUGAGAUCACCCAUCUACAACAACAAUUACAGGAAUCUCAACAAAUGCUUGGAAGACUUAUUCCUGAAAAACAGAUACUCAAUGACCAAUUAAAACAAGUUCAGCAAAACAGUUUGCACAGAGAUUCACUUCUUACACUCAAAAGAGCCCUAGAAGCAAAAGAACUAGCUCGACAGCAGCUGCGAGACCAACUGGAUGAAGUGGAGAAGGAAACUAGAUCAAAACUACAGGAGAUAGAUAUUUUCAAUAAUCAGCUGAAGGAACUAAGGGAAAUACAUAAUAAGCAGCAACUCCAGAAACAAAAGUCCAUAGAAGCAGAACUACUGAAACAGAAAGAACAGGAGCGAAAGAUCAUAGAAUUAGAAAAACAAAAAGAAGAAGCCCAAAGACGAGCUCAGGAAAGGGACAAGCAGUGGUUGGAGCACACGCAGCAGGAGGAUGAACAUCAGCGGCCACGGAAACUCCAUGAGGAGGAAAAGCUGAAAAGGGAAGAGAGUGUCAAGAAGAAGGAUGCGGAGGAAAAAGGCAAGCAGGAAGCUCAAGACAAGAUGAGCCGGCUUUUUCAUCAACACCAAGAACCAGCUAAGCCAGUCGUCCAGGCACCCUGGUCCACUGCAGAAAAGGGCCCACUUACCAUUUCUGCACAGGAGAAUGUGAAAGUGGUGUAUUACCGAGCACUGUACCCCUUUGAAUCCCGGAGUCAUGAUGAAAUCACCAUCCAGCCCGGAGACAUAGUCAUGGUUAAAGGGGAAUGGGUAGACGAAAGCCAGACUGGAGAGCCAGGAUGGCUUGGAGGAGAAUUAAAAGGAAAGACAGGAUGGUUCCCUGCAAACUAUGCAGAGAAGAUCUCAGAAAAUGAGAUUCCUACUCCGGGAAAAGCAGCAACCGAUACGACAUCCACCCCAGCCCCAAAGCUGGCACUGCGCGAGACCCCCGCUCCUUUGGCAGUGAGCUCUGCAGAGCCUUCCACAACCCCCAACAACUGGGCCGACUUCAGCUCCACGUGGCCCACUAACACAAAUGAGAAACCAGAAACAGACAACUGGGAUGCAUGGGCUGCCCAGCCCUCCCUGACCGUUCCCAGCGCCGGCCAGUUAAGGCAAAGAUCGGCUUUUACUCCAGCUACGGCCACUGGCUCCUCCCCGUCUCCUGUGCUAGGCCAGGGUGAAAAGGUGGAAGGGCUCCAAGCACAAGCCCUGUAUCCUUGGAGAGCCAAAAAAGACAACCAUUUAAAUUUUAACAAAAAUGAUGUCAUCACCGUCCUGGAACAGCAAGACAUGUGGUGGUUUGGAGAAGUUCAAGGUCAGAAGGGUUGGUUCCCCAAGUCUUACGUGAAACUCAUUUCAGGGCCCGUAAGGAAAUCUACAAGCAUGGAAUCAGGCUCUUCUGAAAGUCCUGCUAGUCUAAAGAGAGUAGCUUCUCCAGCAGCCAAGGCAGCCGUGUCAGGAGAAGAAUUUAUUGCCAUGUACACUUACGAGAGUUCUGAGCAAGGAGAUUUAACCUUUCAGCAAGGGGAUGUGAUUUUGGUUACCAAGAAAGAUGGUGACUGGUGGACAGGAACAGUGGGCGACAAAUCCGGAGUCUUCCCUUCUAACUAUGUGAGGCUUAAAGAUUCAGAGGGCUCUGGAACUGCUGGGAAAACAGGGAGUUUAGGAAAAAAACCUGAAAUUGCUCAGGUUAUUGCCUCAUAUACUGCUACUGGUCCCGAGCAACUCACUCUGGCCCCCGGGCAGCUGAUUUUGAUCCGAAAAAAGAACCCAGGAGGAUGGUGGGAAGGAGAACUGCAAGCACGUGGGAAAAAGCGCCAGAUAGGCUGGUUCCCAGCUAAUUAUGUAAAACUUCUCAGCCCUGGGACAAGCAAAAUCACCCCUACGGACCCACCUAAGUCAACGGCGUUACCAGCAGUGUGCCAGGUGAUCGGGAUGUACGAUUACACCGCACAGAAUGACGACGAGCUGGCCUUCAACAAGGGCCAGAUCAUCAACGUCCUCAACAAGGAGGACCCCGACUGGUGGAAAGGAGAAGUCAAUGGACAAGUGGGGCUCUUCCCAUCCAAUUACGUGAAGCUGACCACAGACAUGGACCCAAGCCAGCAAUGGUGUUCAGACUUACAUCUCUUGGAUAUGUUGACUCCAACAGAACGAAAGCGACAAGGAUACAUCCAUGAGCUCAUUGUCACUGAGGAGAACUAUGUGAACGACCUGCAGCUGGUCACAGAGAUCUUUCAGAAACCCCUGAUGGAGUCUGAGCUGCUGACAGAAAAAGAGGUUGCUAUGAUUUUUGUUAACUGGAAGGAGCUGAUUAUGUGUAAUAUCAAACUGCUAAAAGCGCUGAGAGUUCGAAAGAAGAUGUCUGGGGAGAAGAUGCCCGUGAAGAUGAUCGGCGACAUCCUGAGUGCCCAGCUGCCACACAUGCAGCCCUACAUCCGCUUUUGCAGUUGCCAGCUCAACGGGGCCGCCCUAAUCCAGCAGAAAACGGAUGAGGCCCCGGACUUCAAGGACUUUGUCAAAAGGUUGGCAAUGGAUCCUCGAUGUAAAGGGAUGCCACUGUCUAGUUUCAUCCUGAAGCCUAUGCAACGGGUAACAAGAUACCCACUGAUCAUUAAAAAUAUCCUGGAAAACACUCCUGAAAACCACCCUGACCACAGCCACCUGAAGCAUGCCCUGGAGAAGGCGGAAGAGCUGUGUUCCCAGGUGAACGAGGGGGUGCGUGAGAAGGAAAACUCUGACCGGCUGGAGUGGAUCCAGGCCCAUGUGCAGUGUGAAGGCCUUUCUGAGCAACUUGUAUUCAACUCGGUGACCAAUUGCUUGGGGCCACGCAAGUUUCUGCACAGUGGGAAGCUCUACAAGGCCAAGAGCAACAAGGAGCUGUACGGUUUCCUUUUCAAUGACUUCCUCCUGCUGACCCAGAUCACAAAGCCUUUGGGGUCUUCAGGGACUGACAAAGUCUUCAGCCCCAAAUCUAACCUGCAGUAUAAAAUGUACAAAACACCCAUUUUCCUAAAUGAGGUUCUAGUAAAACUACCCACUGACCCUUCUGGAGAUGAGCCCGUCUUCCACAUUUCCCACAUCGAUCGUGUCUACACUCUCCGAGCAGAAAGCAUAAAUGAAAGGACUGCCUGGGUGCAGAAAAUCAAAGCUGCCUCUGAACUCUACAUAGAGACGGAGAAGAAGAAGCGGGAGAAGGCCUACCUUGUCCGUUCCCAAAGGGCAACAGGUAUUGGAAGGUUGAUGGUGAAUGUCGUCGAAGGCAUUGAGUUGAAGCCCUGUCGGUCCCAUGGCAAGAGCAACCCAUACUGUGAGGUGACCAUGGGCUCCCAGUGUCACAUCACCAAGACGAUCCAGGAUACUCUGAAUCCCAAGUGGAAUUCCAACUGCCAGUUCUUCAUCCGGGACCUGGAGCAGGAAGUUCUUUGUAUCACCGUGUUCGAAAGGGACCAGUUCUCGCCAGACGAUUUUUUGGGUCGGACAGAGAUCCGCGUGGCAGACAUCAAGAAAGACCAGGGCUCCAAGGGACCAGUUACCAAGUGUCUUCUGCUGCACGAGGUCCCCACAGGAGAGAUUGUGGUUCGCUUGGACCUACAGUUGUUUGAUGAGCCGUAGGGAGUGGCCCCAGGAUGUGCUCAGCAGAGUUCCAGCCAAGGCAGCCAUGCUGUCUGGACUUGUGUUCCUCUGUAAGAACCCACCAUUUGGUGUUCAGUCACAGGGCAAUGGGACAGCAAAGACAGGCCCUUCAAAGUUUCUAGGAAUAAUUCUUGACAAUCCUCCCCUUCCCCAACAAUGUCCUAUUUUGUGAAACAAAACUAUUUUCAUUUGUCCUCACUGCAGGUCUCAUCAUGGAUUCUAAAGUCUCUGAAAUUCCCCCACUAGAUUUGGUUGAGAGUCUGGUCCUUCGCCAGACUUGAGGCAUGGGUCUGGCUAGUAUGAAGUAGAUUUAUAAAUGCACUGUGUGUAUUUUUGAAGAACUCAUGUAUCCUCCUCUUUCUUACCUCCACCAGCUCUCAGUGGGCCACCUUGGCCUAAAAUGCCGUCUUUGGUGUGUUUAGAAAUCAUGAUGAUGGUCCUGUCACUGCUUCUGAAUCUCAUUCCCCACAGGGAAAGGCUGCCCUGGUUCUGAUCACUUGUGAUGGCUCCUGCUCUUGCACUGGCUUAGCUCCUUAAAGAGCUGGUCCAUGGAGGAUUCAGCAUGUGUGCUGUUUCAGCCAUUCCAGUCUCUUCUAGGCCUUGCAUUAAUCUGUCAAUGAAUAUGCACUGGUGGGCCAUUGAGUGAUUAAAUUCUGAUUCCCAGCAUGCUUGGAAGAUGGUCUCGGAAGCUCAUUGUCUACAAAGUUAUGCUCUGCUGGAUUAGAUCGCUGCAGGCCACCAGAAAGGCAACUUCACAAUGUCUUUGAGUCCUGAUUGCCCAUCAUUGUUGAAAAAGUCUCUUAACUCAGAGGUCCUGUAAUGUUUCAUGACACAACUUGUCACUGGUGACCAGCUCUGAGCCUUUCUGUGCUUGAAUGUAUUGGAUCCUGACCGUCAUGAAAUUCCAGCAACUGUCUUUGGUAUGAUCUUUCAAAAAUAUGUCCUGGAUACCCAAGGCAUGAAAAGGAAAAAAAUGGCAAGCAGAAGGUGAAUGGAAAGAUGAGAAGAAAAUCCGUUAUGUGGUAAGGGAAAGACCUGUGAAGCAAACAAGCCUCUCAGCUCCAGGAAGGAAGAUCUAAAGUUCUUUCCCACUCCAGCCACACACACCCCCCCAACCUCUCAGUCGUGGAAAUCUGUGUAGUGUCGCCAGAGUCAGGGCAUGUACGACCAUAGCCAAGCUGUUUGGUUUGAGUUCUUUGAAGUUUUCCCCCUUAAAUGACAGGAGAGAGGCCGGUUAGUUAGAUAAUAACUUGAUUUGCUAAUGAAAAAUGUGGGCCAUAUUUUGUUCGCAUGUUCAUGUUCUCAUAAUCCUAGUUUAUCAUGGUCAUGAAAUGUUCUUUGCAUGUUCUCUUUGGUACUGCAAUCUAGCUUCCCGGCAUGCGAUGGUGUUCUCUUUGACUGUAGGUCCUUAGACUUUACUUAGGUCUGUAGAAGCACCUUCUGAACGAUGGCAUCAGCGUAGUGACAGAGCACCUGCUUCGCUGGGAACCGGAUGCCUCGUGUUGUCAUUUCCCAUAAUGGUCCUGUCACAUUUCAAGCAAUUUUUUAAAAGUGUAUGUUGGAAAGGACAACAAAGUUUACAUUUCAUAUUUUUAAGAAACACUUUAUUAUUUAUUUAUUGCAGAUAGUGUAGAAUUUUGUAUCCAAGAACAACAGACAUACGUAUUUUUUGAACUAAGCAGAUAAACCCUUUAGUUAGAAACUUUCAACUGAACAUGUUGAAGACCAAGUUUGACUUCAGGCAUGCAUUUGUUUACCACUUCCCAGCAGAAAACAUGGUGAAAAUACUUUACGUUUAUAUUUUUUGAUGUUGUUAAGAAACCGUUUCAAAUGAAAUCUCCAAAUAGACACGUAAGUCAUGCUUUUCCUCUUUCUAUAGCCGUGCAGUUUGUUCCGUGUAUUUAUGAAGGGCAUGUUACCAUGACAGGAAAAAGUACUGAAUGUGUAAGUGGGGUAGUGCUGGGUCACCAUUCCAGUUCCUCCUUUCUGUUCUCCCCUCUUCCAUGGAUUUUAUUUUUGUGUUAAUGUUGGACAUCACUGUUCGUGUAUGUAGGGUGUGGUAUGCACAAUGACAACUUUUUAGAACCCUUUGAGGUCCUAGGUCACUCACUUGUUGCGUCCCAUUAUUGGAAUUAAUGUAGCAU